UCAAAUAAAACUCAGUAAGGACUUGCGGGCACAUCAAAUGGAUCUAGCUCCGAUGAAGCGCGACAUGGACGACCUCAUAUCCCAAUUCGCCGCCGCCGAUUCGACUCGCUUCUCCGACAUGAAGCAAGUCUGGCUCUCCAAAAAAUUCUCCUACAUCUACAACGCCCGUCCCACCUGCGCCAACUCCCUCGCCCUCUUCAUGCAAUCCCUCUACUCCCACUCAAUCGCCCACCUCAUCUCUCCACACUCCUCCCUAUCACGACGCCUCGGCGGCCUCUACUGCCUCUACUGCCUCCACGAGACCCAGCCUUUCAUGCCCCCUUUCAAAAUCUACCUCUCCCUCGAGGAGCUCAAGAAGCUCCGGAGCCUGGUGGCGGAGGCGAAGGUUCGGGGUUUGGGAGCGGCGGCUGCUCUGGUGAGGAGGCUGCUGGAGAAGAAGGCGUUUCUGUUCGGGUGCGUGGAGACGAAUGAGGGGCUGAAAGGGAAGGUGGACGAGCUGACGGAGCUGGAGAAUAGGAGGAUUCGGGCGGCGUGUGAGAAGCUGUUUGGGGAGUCGAAGAUCGAGGAGUUUAUUCAUAUGGAUUUGGGGAUGGAGGUUGAUUUGGGGAAGGUGAAGCAGAUGUCGAGGGAGUAUAAGGAGUUGAAGAGGGUUGCGGCGGUGGAGGGCGGGGAUGAGGAGAUGAAGGAGGGGCUUGAGGGGGAUAAGGAGUUGGUGGGGGAUGUGAUGGAGAAGAUUUCCAAGGAGUGGGAUGCGCAGAGGGAAGUGUUUUAUAGGCAGACAGGGUUGAGUCAGAAAUUGAAUGAAGAAGAGCAGCAGCUGUUGCAGCAAGAAGAGGAGGGAGACGACGACCAGUGUUUCGACAAGGAACUCGAACAAAUUCUCUCUGAAGAAUGACUGUUUGUGGAUUUUGUUAGGUUUACCCAACGCAUGAGUGGAAAAGCAAGAAUAUGUUUGUGAAGCAUUCAGCUUCUGAAAUGAUGAGGUAUGCAGAAUUCAUUCAAAUAUGUCGAGAAACAGAAUUAGAAGAGAUGUAUAAAUGCUUAAACAGAGAAUUAGUAGAAAAUGAAAAGCAUACUCCGAGGGCUAAGUCUUCAAUUCCAACGGUAACCUUUCCAAUCCCCAGAUUCACCUGUGAAUAUAGCUCAUCUGAGAAACUAUCCUUGGAUAUAUAGAAAUCCCCUGGUGUUAACUUGGAUGCCUCUGAUAAUUAUUCACCGGGGACUGUGGCUUGAAAGAUAUCGGAAUUAAGCGACGAUGAUGAUGCAAUGAGGAGUGUCAUGGUUUCAGUGGUUGUUAAGGCUAAAUCUCCAAUGUGCUGUCUCUCGAGUAUUUUUCACAGGCUUCAACUGAAAUGUAAAUGGGAGGAAGAAGACCCUCCAACUCUAAAAAAGCUUAAGAAGUCUCUUGAGUUUGAUAUUCCUCUUGCUCCAAUUAUGGAGUGGUGCUGUUGCUUCUAGAACUUGUGGGAGUAAAAGGAAAUAUACAAGGAACAACAAUCUUACUGAUAAGAAUCUUCCUGAUGAAAAUGAUGAGUUACUUGAUGUGUGUCUAUAAUGCAGCUGGAUAUGUGGAAAGGUGCAUUUGAUAGAAAUGGCUGUGGUGGCAGGUUCCGCCACAAUAUAUACAGCCAUGAGGUUCAUCUCUUGGAACUGUUAAGGUCAGGGUACGACCUUGACUGAAAAUACCUCAAGAGAGUAGUGGAUCCAAACUUUGUUUUCAUUAUGGAAACAAAGAAUAAAGAAGAAAAAUUGAGACAAAAGUUGCAUAUCAAUAAUGCUAAGGGAAAUCUGGAGGGCUGAUCGAUUGUUAAAAUCCAGUGAUCCUGAUGAGGUGAAGGAGGAGUUGGUCUCUCUUGUCCUGAUGGUUUUUCAGGUACCUUUUAUCAAGUCUACUGGGAUGUCGUGAAUUCUAUUAUGUGUGAUGCGUCAUCUGACAACAAGACACAUAUUGGUGCUAAUUCCAAAAGUAAACAAGCCUGAGCACUUCUCUCAAUUUCGACCCAUCAGUCUUUGUAAUGUAUCUUACAAGAUUCUAUUUAAGAUUCUUGCUAGCUAACAGGUUGAGAAACAUUCUACCAUUGCUUAUAUCAGAUAACCAAGCAGCUUUCAUUCAAGAUCGACAAAAUUCAAGACAAUAUUAUCAUUCCUCAUAGGGUGUUUCAUCCCCUUAGGCGGUAAAUAAUAUGAUAUGGGGCUUAACUGGAUAUGU